AUGACUGCGACUGACGCCGAGAAGCUCGAGAUUGUGUCUGGCUUUAUCAAGGACAGCCCGCCUGGAGAGAUUAACGAUGUGUUCAAUGAUGUUCGGUCUCUUGUAGCGGACGACUCGCUGUUGCAAAAUACCAUUGAAUCGACUUUUGCUGACCAUCAUGCAAAGCAGCUUGUCAGUGUUCAAGUCCCUUCCAAGGACUAUGAGGUUAUUCUAGGCGAGUAUGGCUGCAUUGAACCCAGCAAAUAUGUUGAUCCACGUUCUGGUCAGGCCCUUAUUGUAGAUCUUGUGCAUCAGACUGUCAAAAGUGUCGAACCAUAUCAUUCCAAGUGCUCUGCACACUUGCUUGAUCAGAGAGCUGCGCUUGAUGUUGCAGUUCAAGAGUACACUGCUAGUUUUUAUCCAUCUUCAGUAUGCACAGUUUGGGCUACAGAGGACGAGGCGCUGGUUAUUGCUAUAGUAGCCAACAAGUAUCAUCCCGAUAGUUUUUGGUCUGGCCGAUGGCGUUCACUGUGGAGAUUGGAGCCCAAAUCGUCAAUGCUUACUGGAUCUGCAAAAGUUCAAGUUCACUAUUACGAAGACGGAAAUGUUCAGCACAAUAGCACACAGGAUUAUUCUGUGAGCAUUACCGCGUCUGAUCAGGAGCCUUCAACACUUGCUGCUACUGUUAUCAAGCAUAUAAGCAAGCUGGAAGCAGAGUAUCAGACAACAUUGAAUGAUCAACAUAAUCGCCUUGCGCUCGAGACAUUUAAAUCCUUGCGUCGCGCUCUGCCAAUUUCUCGGACUAAAAUUGAAUGGCAGGGAAUUCUGUCGUACAAAAUUGGAUCGGAGCUUGUUUCCAAAUGAUCAUUUUCAUUUAUAUGAGACUAUCGUCCAUAUUCCAUAAUAGGCAAAAACUUUUUUUC